UAAUAUUUUUACUUCUACAAGUACAUGUACAAGGUAUACAGUCCUACCUGACAUCAAUGACAUACUACUAUAUAGAAAGCCGCUUGUUAUGCUGAACAUUUCGGGGAAAUUAAGUUAGUUUUGUCCCAGGAUGCGACCCACACCAGUCGACUAACACCCAGGUACCCAUUUUAUACUGAUGGAUGAACAUGGACAAGUGGUGUAAGGAAACACGCCCAAUGUUUCCACCCCUUUGCCGGGAAUCGAACCUGGACGCUCACCGUGUGAAGCAAGAGCUUUUGCCACCAAGCCACGGGGUACCGCUAGUGUGUUCACACCAAGUGUGUACGCAGCUAGUGUGUACACGGCGAGUGUGUUCACAGCAAGUGUGUUCACACCAAGUGUGUACGCAGCUAGUGUGUACACAGCUAGUGUGUUCACGGCGAGUGUGGGAUCAUGUGGUGCAGGACCUUGGCCUUGAAGGGAGGAAUGUGCGGGCAGUAUUUUCCCAGCAGUGGUGCUAGCUGGGUGUUGUGUGACGCUCACCCUGGCGUCUGCAACCCCAGACGUCCACACUCUCUAGCUGACAAUGUGGUGAAGGUAGCGACUUGAGUGUAGUGCAGUGACUGUAGCUAAGUGUUGUUGACAUGUCGUCACUGCCUUGGUGAAGCAAGCAGUGAAUGUGUUGGAAAAGCAGUGAUGACCAGUGAUCUGUGUGGUGUUGUGUGAGUCUGCCAGUGACCAGCAGUGCCGGGCGGCGUGUCAUGCACGCCAGCGUCUUGGUGGUGGCAUUGCAAGUAGCAAGAGGUGGGCGGCGGGGACUAGUGGGCGUGGGCGGCGGGUGGACGGGGGGCGGGACGAUUAUGGGGCGGGCGGGACGUGAUGGUGUCGUGGCGAGUGUGUGGGUGGUGUAGCGGGGGAGGUCGCAGUAGGCGUGGUCAACACUACCGCUACGAGGUGGUCUACCGCCGUGACGACAGCCUUUACUCCGGCCCGGACUACCUUGAGAGUCUUCCCGGGGGCCGCGCCACCCUCAACACCACCCAGCACCACCCACACCACCCUCACCACCACUUCCAACAGUUCCACCCGCAGCACCACCGCCCACAACCGGCACAGCUAGACACCCUCACCCGCCAGAACCGUGUUAACCACCUGCUGACCGCCCUCCAUCACGCCCAUCCACCACGCCCCCACUACCGCAGCCCCUGGGUAUCAUCUGGUCAUCUGGGCACCGCCCCCCCACCACCGCCUCGGGCAGCAGCACUCUCACAGUGGCGCUCCGCCCCCCUCCUGCCCCCGAAUUACCGUGAUCCCAGUGUCUCGUCGCGAGACCUGAGCAGAGACACGUCGCGAGACAUCAGUCUGGCCUCGAGCAGCGCCCACAGCACCAAGCUGCUACUGCCCACCACCCUGGCCAACCGCCCCCCACCUCUGUUGACUACGGCAGGAACACCUUCACCGCGCAAACCACCUCAUUCACCCAGGACACCACUAUCACCUGGCCCACCUGGAUAUCCAGACACCUUCACCUUCUCACCACUACACAAUUUAUCCGUGGGUGAGUUAAGGUUGAGGAGAGUGCCAGCCACAGCUGCUCGUCCACCACCCUCCUCGCCUCCUACUGCUGCUGCUGCUGCUGCUGCUGCUGCUGUCAAGAGCUGUGAGUUAACACACAACUUCUCUUACUCUCUCCACACAAGUCAAACUUAGAAAUUGGAGAUAGAU